AUGGGAGUGGGCUUGAAUCGACGUGUCCCUUGGCGUAAGCAUUUGUCUCCCCACACGAACACUUUCUGGCCGUUCUGGUCGAAGCUAAUGCUGCUCCACGUGAGUUACAUAUCGAUCGGAGCUGUCCGUAUCGGGGACCGCACCAUAGAGGGCGGAAACGAGUGGCGUCCACCGGAACUGGACCUAUGGACGCCAUUGGUCGGUCCCGUUGACAGCCCAGUGACACUGUUGACAGGUCCGCUUGAUCACGCCGCUCGAAGCCGAAGUUCAUCCCAGCAACCUUGGAUGGGGCGUGAAAUGCACGAGAAACCAAAUGUAGAUAUAGCGGACCCCAGUCGUUCGGGGGUUGGUCUGCCCUCGAGCCCAACAAGCUUGCAGCGACCGCCCAAACAAGCCCCACCGACACCAUCGUCCGGAUGGUUUGGGUCGUUGGAAACGGUGGAAAAACAUUUCCUGUUCCGGCGUGAUUUAAGCAAAACGCAGGAUGCGUCACCACGGCACGCUUCGCCUCCGGGUCGGGCGUGGACGCACAAUGGGACCACCGCCAUUUGCCAAGAUUCUGAAUCGAUGGACGGAAAUUGCACCCCGAGGCAGGAGCGGCCGCCAACGCUAAUGACCAAGGCAAGCAGUACCAGCACCAACGAAGAUCUGCUUGCCCAGUUCGCUACCAACCACAGCCAGGCCACCAACGGAUCUGAGCUGUGGAUGCCGAAGGAUCUGGAAUUAGCUACACUUCAGUCACCGCUCGAGGAUAAUUACACCGCCCACAGUUACCCCGCCGUCAAUCUGAACGACCACAAUGAUGUGCUGUGUGACGACGACUCGGAUCAGAUAGAAUACAACGAGAACUGCUUCAUCGAUCACAACGUUACUUGCGUUGGUGAUCCGGAUUUCUGCAAUCUCACGUACGGCGAGUACCGACAGCUACUGAUGGAUUACAUCUACCCUUCGACUGGCGAGUGGAUCCUCAUUGCCUCGCACACCGUGGUUUUCCUUAUGGGGCUGGUCGGAAAUGCGCUGGUAUGCAUAGCGGUUUACACCAACCAUACGAUGCGCACCGUGACGAACAUCUUCAUCGUGAACCUUGCCGUGGCCGAUUUCUUCGUCAUUCUCUUCUGUCUGCCGCCGACCGUCGUGUGGGAUGUGACCGAAACGUGGUUCAUGGGAAAGGCCAUGUGCAAGGUGGUAAUCUACUUCCAGACUGUUUCGGUGACAGUUUCGGUGCUAACGCUGACGUUCAUCUCCAUCGAUCGGUGGUAUGCGAUAUGCUUUCCCCUUCGUUACAAACCGAGACCCGAACGUGCCUGGCGCUCGAUUGCUCUCAUUUGGCUCAUUGGCUUCCUGUCGGAUCUACCGGAAUUUCUGGUGCUAACAACGAGACGUAAAAAGUUACGCUUCGACAUCAAACUUUUCACCCAAUGUGUCGCUACAUGGGACAACGAAAAAGAAAAGACUUUUUACAUCGUGAAGUUUGUACUUCUCUACACGCUGCCGCUUUUAUUCAUGACCGUGGCGUAUUUCCAGAUUGUGCGCGUGUUGUGGCGCUCGGACACCAUCCCUGGCCAUCGAGAGUCACGCAAUCAGCCGUGUGGCAUUCACAGCACCAGGACGACGCUGAACUGCGUCGGGAACACGAGCACUAUGGGACAGCUGAGAGCACGUCGGAAGGCAGCAAAAAUGUUGGUCGCCGUAGUGAUCAUGUUCGCCGGCUGUUAUUUUCCGGUGCACAUGCUAAACGUUGCAAGAUAUACUGUCGACAUCGGGCAAAGUGAUAUCGUGGCUGUGCUAUCAUUAUUUUCUCACUGGCUAUGCUACGCAAAUAGUGCCAUCAAUCCUGUGAUUUACAAUUUUAUGAGCGGCAAAUUCAGGCGAGAGUUCAAAAAUGCUCUGGAAAAGUGCCGCUGUCUCAGAAGCUCCCACGCCUAUGGAGGCCGCGUCGGAGGAUAUGAUGAACGUUCCCUUUGCCACACGGCAACGCGGCUAAACGUGAGCCCCAGCACGCGAAGCAAUUACCAUCUGGCCAGUGUAAGAGAUGCCAGAUUUAAGCAACACACCCAACAGACGUCUUUUAACGGGAGCCGGCAUCUGCAUGGCCGCAACAGCAUCAAUCAUCCCGGCGGUCUCCAGCCACAAAUCUCGCCGAUCUCCGUGGAGGAACGCCUAGCGCUCGCUAAAACCCUCGACGGCGAAACCCUUCAGCUGACGAAUCGGAAAAAUUCGUCCACCCUCAACAACGGCUCGAACAAUGGCGCUGGCCACGGGAACAUGAAAGCCACCAGCAAUGGCAGCGGGACUGCCAACGGCAGCCAGACGAAGCAACACGGUGGAACGCUGCUGACAGACGGUGCGACAGCCGGAAACGAUGGUGCUGCCGGCAUCCAGGAACAAUCUGUCACUGCGCCAACGACGAUGCUAAUGAUUGUAAAUAAAUCGAGCAAUUGUAAAAUUGGUGGCACAUGA